AUGGAUGAUCCGCGUGCAGCGGCGGUGAUGCUAGGCGGCCUUGAGGACGACUGGCAGGCCGGCGCGUGGGGCGGGCGGGACUAUUGGGCCAGAGCGGAGGAGGAGCUUGCGUUGCGCCGCGUGAAUUUAAGCAGUGCAAAACCAACAGGGGACCCAUCCUUCUUGUCCUCCUCGCCGAUGAUAGACCCGGUCCUGCCGCCAGAACUCGAGCGUGUGGUCUUCGAGCUUGCUGCGGGGAGAGACAGGGAGAUGAUAUGCACGCUGGCGCUCGUCGCGAGGCGCGUCAAUGCCUGGAUUGGCCCGCUGCGCUACCAAGUUGUGCUCAUCAAUCGACAGCGAGGCGGCCUCGACGCCCUGUGGGGCAUCUCCGAGCGCUGUCCUGAGACACGGACACACACGCGCUGCCUCGCGGUGUCAGGCCUGGAGCUGCCUGCCGACACUCUCCCGCGGAUCACCGCCGCGUUCCCACACCUCGUGGACCUGCGCUUGUGGAGCUACACGCCGGCGACCGCCGCGGACAUGAAGGCACUCCACGCGCUCCCCCACCUCCGCCGGCUCUCCCACAACCUCCACACGCUCUACGCCACCGUUGACGCCGGCCCGGUCGCGCCGUUUUCCCACGUGACCCACCUCGAGCUGUACAAACUAUUCAACGAGCACGCGCUCACGCUUCCCCGCCUGCGCGCGGCAUUCCCCGCACUCACGCACGUGACGCUCUUCGACCUCCCGGAUGCGCGACUCGCGCGCGCAGCGCUACAAUCGUGGCCCGCGCUCAUGGUGCUGCUCGUCGUACGCUAUGCGCCACGAACGACCGCCCGCGCCGCCGAGCGGGACCAUAUCAGGUAUGACCUGGACACGAAGAAGCUGGCAGGCAUCGACCCGCGUGUGGUCACGUGUAUGCUGGCAGACUUUGAGCGUGACUGGGAGGACGGCGCGUGGAGCGGGGAGGACUGCUGGGCAAGGGCGGAGGAGGAGGUUGCUCAGACACGCAUGACACGGGCGUAG